GAGAUUCGAAAUGGCGACGUCGCUCGGAUCAAACACGUACAAUCGGCAAAACUGGGAAGACGCGGACUUUCCCAUUCUGUGUCAGACAUGUCUUGGCGAAAAUCCAUACAUCAGGAUGACCAAAGAAAAAUAUGGAAAGGAGUGCAAGAUUUGUGCUCGUCCAUUCACUGUUUUUCGCUGGUGUCCUGGUGUUCGAAUGCGCUUUAAGAAGACAGAAGUGUGCCAAACAUGCAGCAAGUUGAAAAAUGUCUGUCAGACCUGCUUGCUUGACCUUGAAUAUGGACUGCCAAUUCAAGUACGAGAUACUGGGGUAUCCCUAAAAGAUGAGAUGCCUAGAUCUGAUGUGAAUAAAGAAUAUUACACUCAGAACAUGGAAAGAGAGAUUGCAAACUCUGAUGGGACAAGACCUGUUGGAGCUCUGGGCAAAGCUACAUCUAGCAGUGACAUGCUGCUAAAACUUGCUCGCACCACCCCUUACUACAAACGCAACCGACCACAUAUCUGUUCUUUCUGGGUGAAAGGAGAGUGUAAAAGAGGAGAGGAAUGUCCAUACAGACAUGAGAAACCCACUGAUCCUGAUGAUCCCCUCGCAGACCAGAAUAUUAAAGACCGUUUCUAUGGUAUUAAUGACCCUGUCGCAGACAAAUUAUUGAAAAGGGCCUCCACAAUGCCUCGUCUGGAUCCACCAGAGGACAAGAGCAUCACAACUCUUUAUGUUGGGGGUUUGGGAGACACCAUCAGUGAAUCAGAACUCCGGAAUCAUUUCUACCAGUUUGGUGAAAUAAGAACAAUUACUGUAGUUCAAAGGCAGCAAUGCGCAUUUAUUCAGUUUGCCACUAGACAGUCAGCAGAGACGGCAGCAGAGAAAUCCUUUAACAAGUUAAUUGUGAAUGGACGUCGACUCAAUGUGAAGUGGGGAAGGUCUCAGGCAGCCCGAGGCAAAGAGAGGGAACAUGAUGGGUCCGGUGAUCCUGGAAUGAAAUUUGAGCCUGUUCCUGGACUUCCUGGAGCCCUGCCACCCCCACCAACAGAAGAAGAAUCUUCAGCCAACUACUUUAACCUGCCUCCUAAUGGGUCAGCAGCUCUCGUGAACAUUUCCCUCCCACCUCCACCUGGCUUAAGUGGGCCACCUCCAGGAUUUGGCCCACACAUGUUCCCACCUAUGGCACCUCCUCCAUUCCUUCGUGCUCCUGGGCAUAUCCACUAUCCAUCUCAAGACCCUCAACGGAUGGGAGCACAUGCAGGAAAACCUAGUAGUGGUUAAUCUUUUGAUGCUAAUGAAACUGUAUGAUGGCUAAUGUGACCUGUGUGGUCAUGCAUUUAAUGUUUAGAAAAAUAAUGGGUAUUCAGAGCACCAUUUGUAUGAAUGUACCACUGAUUCUUCUGGUACAAAUAAAAUACUGACCUGCCAAGGUGGAACAACCUUUUAAAGUUUAAAGGAGACAAGAACCAAGACUGUCCUAAGAGAAAUAAAAUUUUUACCUUCU